AUGCCAAUGUUCCCACAGAGCAACACCUUCCAGUGUAUUCUAACCACGGACGGUCGGCGAUCUUUCGCUUUGCUCCGCUACAGCGACAUGAACUGGGGCCCGGGACAGAGGACCAAUCAUGAUGCUCUCAUAGGCUACACUGAUGGCAAGGACAACUUCCAUAACGAGAUUCCAAAGCCACCAAAUAACCUAUUUGGCCCCGGAGGGCGCUAUCGUCCCCAGACUGUUACGGGUAACACGGGCGUAAUGGGGCAACUGGUGUACGACCUGUCAGGUUCGACAGACUCCAUCUCUGAUCCUCAGAGAAAGUGCCAGCUUUGGGCCUUCAGUGAGCCAGAUCCUAAAGAUUGGGCGUUAGGAUUGGCACCGUGUCCCUGUACCCGUUCUCAGGCUCAGGAGGACCUGGCCUUUGGCCCAGACACUCUUCCAUCACAACAGAUGGCAUUGGUGAGGGAGCUGAGGGAUCUUAGAUGGGGUGGCAGGAGGGGCCGUGCCUUUCAGUCCAUUCUCUUCAACAGACAAAGGGCUGGAAAGAGAUGCGUGUAUGAUCCGGAGGGUCCCCUGCUGGCUGGAUACAGUGAACGAUACUUCACUGAAGACAGAACACAACAAUAUAUAGAAAAGGAUCUCUUACCCUUCCAGUGGUGCUGUGUCCAAUCUCCUCUCUGCAAUCUAUACUUGGAAAAGAGACCACUAGAUAGGUGCCAAGGGUACAGCUGGAGCAGCUUUGACAGUAACAUACCUGGGAGCAGAGGAGCCCCGGGCAUGGGUUUGGCAUACGGAAGUCUUCACUUCAUCACUUUUGAUGGCAGUGAAUAUACCUUCAAAGGUUUAGGGGAGUUUGUCAUAGUGCGUCUGUCCUCCAGCACAGGGUCAAAUAUCUUCACCCUUCAGGGAGAGACAGCUCCUCUGGUGACCGGUGCACAGCCCAAGCGAGUGCCCGCUCUAGUGAGAUUAGCGGCCUUCUAUCAGGGUGUUGGAAAGGUGGAGUGGCGUUGUGCUGAGUCUGAAGAUGGGCUUAAGAUCCUGGUCAAUGAUGUGGUCGUACCUGUGUUUGUAGGAGUAGUGCAUGUUGGCGAGCAGGGCUUUGCAGUGCGCUGUAUCACUAAGAGUCGAUGUGCGGUGGUGUACUCCGAGGGUCUGAACGUGGCAGUGUGGAGGGAUGAGGCAGGCAGGCUUGCCGCUCUGGUGGAGGUCCCUCAACGCUUCUACAACCGUACACUGGGUUUGCUGGCCCACUGGAGCUCCAACAGGACAGAUGAUUUUCUGCUUUCCAAUGGACGUCUGCUGCCCUCUUUGAAUAACAUUACUCCUUCUGAACAGAGCCUGAUUCCAUUUGGACAGUCAUGGGCUGUACCUGCUCCAGAGAGCCUUCUGUUCGCACAGCCUCCGGUGACCCCAUUCAAUCCCAUCACAACAGAAGAGCUGCUGUCCUCAGUGAGUCCAGACGUGCUGGCCAGACACAGUCAGACCUGCCAGAGCAGCAUUCAGUGUGUGCAUGACAUCCUGGCCACAGGCAACACAAAGCUCGGCCAGGAGGUUCUGGAGGACCAGCAGCUCCUUCGCACCAGGACACAGAUUUACGGGAAUAUGCCGCCCAUUGUGACAGAGCCAACUGUGAUCAAGUGUAAAAUCGAUACUAUGGUCAGAGUGCAGGUUAAGGCACAGGAUCCAAACAGAGACCAGAUUAUCUUCUCUUUGGCCUUACCACGUCCUCCACGAGCCACCAUUGGCAGCGGUGAUGGAGUUCUUGUAUGGACCCCUCAGAGUACACAGCCAGUAAAUCUGACCAUUCAAGUGAGCGAUCAGACAUCAAGCACUAUGAUCACCCCUGUUCUUCAGCUCUGUAACUGUUUGAACGGAGGAAGUUGUCAAUAUAACAGUGUAGUGGAGAACUAUCUACAGGGCAAGUUUCAGGUUGUAGGAUGUCUGUGUCCUGCAGGUUUCAGUGGCAAGUACUGUGAUGAUAAAACAGAUGUGUGUAAAGGCAAACCCUGUUUUCCUGGAGUCGAGUGCUUUAGACAGAAGGAACCGGAGAGUUUCACAUGCGGCCAGUGUCCUUUUCCAACCGUCUAUCAGGACAAACCAGGAUACAAGUGCUUUGAAAAUGACUUCUGCCUUCCUCCAUUUCCCUUUCCCUGUCAUGAGAUGGCAGAUUGCAGCAGCACCGGUUACAACUACACAUGCAAAUGCAAGCCUGGCUACACAGGAAGUGGUAAAGAGUGCACAGAUAUCAAUGAGUGUAUGGACCCCUCGGCAUGUCCCAAUGCCAAGUAUGAAUGUAUGAACACACCGGGAUCAGUGCGCUGCUCGUGCCGCUAUCAGAAAUCCAGAGACUCUGAUGGCUGCGGAGAGUCUGCUAAUCCCACAGGCUGGAAUGUGUUUAAUGUGUCUAUGGUGUGGAAAGAUCCAAAGUCUGAACAGGGACUGAAACAGCUCGAAGAAAUGCUGUCUAUGGGCUUCCAGAACAAGUUCUACAAUGCCAGAGUUUCAUCUCCUGAUCCAGUUACAGGAGAAGGUCUGAAUGAGUACAGGAUUAAUGUGUCUAGUGACACUCCACACUGGUAUGUCAUGGACUAUCUUACCAGAGUCAGUCAGUACUACGGCAUCCGUUCAGCCUAUGUCGAGGACCUUGAUGAAUGCAAGACAAAUGAGGCUGUGUGUUCCAAACCUGCCCAGUGUGUCAACACCUAUGGUGGCUACAGGUGUGUGUGCAAUGGCACAGAUCUGAAGGAAAUACAGUCGUGUAUAUUAGAAUUGACCGGCGUUAACCGUACAGACCAAACAAACGGUCAGUCUGUGGAGGAUAAGAAGUCUUUAAUAUUAGGACUGGUUCUGGGCAUUGGUAUACCGCUCCUGCUGCUGCUGCUUCUUGCAGCUCUUGCCUGUUUCUGCUGCUCACGCAAGAAAACCGUCACUGGGGAUAUUCCUCACCUGCUGCCCGAGUACGUUCAGGAGACAUUCCACCCUCCAUUCAACUUCGAUGACCCCGCCCUGCAAUACUUUACCCACUGCAGCCCACGUAUAAUUGACAACCACCCUGUCCAACACAUGCGUCACUACCAAUAACAUUUGCCAUGCAGCUGUCUGGUUCAUCAGUGCAGUUCUAUAUUAUAAUGUGUUUUAAAAAUUAGAACAUGAAAUAAUGGAUGAUAUAUUAUUUAUGUUAAACAGAGAUUGACGGAGCCCUACUAAAUGAUUGCGUAUUGGUUGAAUUAUAAUAUAUGAGAAAUGAGGGAAAAUAUGCUUAAGUUAUUGCUACAAAACAGGCUUUAUUUUCUUGAAAUCCACUGGGAAUAUUGUAACUUGGAAAUGAUUGUCAGCUGUAACUAACAUUAUGUACAUAAAUACAGUAUAUAAGUGCAUCAUCAACCCUUCAAAAGACCUUAAGGGAUGGAUCACCUCGAAAUUAAAAUUCUGUCAUUUAGUCACCCUUUUAUCAUUUCAAACCUGUAUGGCUUUCUUUCUUCUGCAGAACAAAAAGGAAGAUAUUUUUAUGACUUUUGGUAACCGAACGGUGGUUCCCAUUUAAUUCUAUUGUUUGGACACAAAACAAAUGCAAGUCAAGAGGUGUCUUACCAAAAUUAUUUGGUUAGCAACAUUUUUCAAAAUAUCUUAUAUUUUGUUCUGUAGAAUAAAGACAGUUAUAUAGGUGGACUAUCCCUUUAAACAUUGAUGAAUGUUUAUAAUGAUUAUCAUGUUUUUACACCCGGUCAUGCUUUCCUCUAAUAAAGUAUGUUUUUAUAUGA